UUGAUGUAAGUUAGUUAGUAUUUUUAUUACCAAAAUAUCAUUCUACCUAAAUUAUUUAAAUGCACUGAAAAUUAUACUAUGCAUGUAAUUUGUUAUUUUCCUGUUUUUAAGCCCGAAAUACUCAGGUCUACUUUGGCCAGUGCCAAAUAUGAGUACGUUCUGGGCAAGUUGGCGGAGCUCCGGUCAUCCAGGCCAGCAAUACCCAUGACAACGGUGCUGGACAUCGGUUUCCAGCCAGGCUUGGGUGUCCCUCCGGUUCCCGGCCCUUCAUCAGUACCCAGCCCUUCAUCAGCACCCGCCCCUUCAUCAGCACCCGACCCUUCAUCCCGACCCACCUGCCGACCCACCCCAUCAUCCCAGCCCACCCCAGAGUCGCAAUCCACCCCAGAGUCCCGACCCGGCCCUUCAUGCCAGCUCUCCCCGGCAUCACAGCUCGCCCCAUGUGCUGAUCAGGAGGAAGAAGGUGACGAUGGAGAGCUCUGCAAUGACCCCCGCUGUGCCAAGCUGCUCCGCCAAUACAAAGAAAAGCUCCUUGCUGCAGAAAAGGCUGCUCAGGGACCGGUGGCAUGUACGGGGCCAUGCACCAACCCUGAGUGCCUUAUUAAGGAUGGCGAACUGGCAAAAUUAGUUCGUCUUUUUAAAAGCAGCCCAUCCCUUAAGACGAGGAAAAAGUUUUCUCGGCGCCAGGAGUUUGCGAAGGGUGACAAUCCAAAGUAUGAGAAAAUGCUCAUCAAGUUCUCGAGCUUCUGCAGUGGCUGCAAUCCUUCUGCAAAGAAGAAAGACAAUGUGGCCACUGCAGUGUCUCAUGUGAGACGUUUUUUAAUUUUCGUCGGGCAGGGGAAGCUUCUGAGAGGGGACUUCUCCUUCCUGAAGGAGUCGUCCUGCAUUGGGAAUUGGACUACAAUGCUGGCUGAGGACAACCUGAAGUCCACUACAAUUAAGAUCCAUCUAAUAAACUUGAAAAAGUUUCUUAAUUAUCUUUCACACAUGCCAAUAAGUGAAACCAAACUUAGUGGGAUGGACUUCAGGCGCCUCCAGCUUGAAAUCCAAGCCCGGCUGAAGGACCUCUCUGUGUCUGUGACUACUCACAGACAGAAAAUCCGCAAGCAGCUUCGACAAAACAUUGUGUCUAAAAAGGACCUGAGGGAGUUCCGGGCAGAGGUCCGGAAAUUGCUUCAGAAGAAACUGAGAGCACUGCAGGGUGAUCCAAACUGGUCAACUUUGGAGCAGGUGUUUGGCCUGCUCUCAGGCUACUUCAUCUCGUUUUCUGGGCACCGCCGGGGGGUCCUCCAGAACAUGCUGGUUUCCGAAGUCCAGGAGGCCGACUUCGAGGGCACCAAGGGCAUCAUAGAGGUGCAGAGCCAUAAGUCGGCCAGCACCUAUGGCCAUGCCCAGUUAUCAAUCACCCAAGAGGAGUACUCUUGGUUUACCAGCCUCCUGGACAUUCGUGAGGGGCUUCCCGGCGGUGAAUCGCCAUACUUCUUUUUCAACAGGGCUGGGGGGCCUUGCAAAAGGCUGCUCGGUAUGUUCCAGACAGAAUGGACCAGGAUGGGGUUCGGCGGGAUUUUUACCUUCAAAAAUCUGCGAACCUCCGUCGUCCAUCAUAACAAGGACAUCAGCCCUAAGAAGAGGCAGCGCAUUCACAGGGCGAUGUGCCAUUCUGAGGCAGUGGCCUCAAAAUUUUACACAGCACAGCCAUCUGCUGUUGAGGCCGCCGAGGUGCGCGAGUUCCAAGAAGGCCCUGAUACUUCCCCUCCCAGGCCAUCAACAUCUCUUCACACAGAUGAGCCCUUGAGCACUGUGAAGAGGUCUAGGAGGAGGCUUUUUGUCAGGAGCUCUUCCUCUUCGUCCUCUUCCGAGAUGGAGUUCCUGGAGAAGGGAUACCGGUCCGAUGUCUCCGGGGCUUCAUCCGAGUCGAUUCCAAUCCAAAGUUCCUCCCAAAUGGUGUCCUUGGAUACGGCCCCCUCCAGGGAUCCAUUCAUUUUGCAGAGCCCUGUCAAGCCUCUCCUGUCCACUUCCAAUUACCACAUCAUUGGCCAGGAUCCGUCACCUGGCCACUGCUACCUGGGACGUCCAAUUAGGGUUCAUGUCAAUGAUGUCCCACUCAUCACUAGCCAGACAUCCCCGAGGGUGAAGCUGGUCCGCGUGGACGAGGGGCGUCACAAAAUUGUCACCAGCAUAAACAGCAGCAGUGACGAAGACAAUGUUCUGUCUUCAGAAGUUAUUCCUUCAUUCACUUUCUAGUUUUUUUUUUAUUAUUAUUUUGUAAAUAUUUUUGAAAAAAAAACAUUAAAUGUUCUUAUGAAGUAAAAAAAAAAAUGUAAAUAGUUUCU